AAAUGGCGGCCGUAGUUAAGAGGCAGAUACGUCGGGGCUAUCCUGCUAGGUUACAGGUGAAAAAUAGGUCUGACAAACAGAUAAAUCCCCUGCAUCUUACUAUUUCAAAGAAGCAGGCAGAGCUGUUAAAAAAAGAAAAAGACGAUGACAUAUUUGUAUGUGCACUUCGAGUAAGUAGGCACGAAAAUUCCUCAGUUCCUUCGGACAACACUAACAUACCAACAGAUGAGUCUCAGGCAGGGUCUUCUCGUGCUGCCUCGGCAUUUUGUUCAUCUGAAGACAUUGCUGUUUGUGUGUGGGCGGAAAUCGAUAUUCCAAAUCUAAAUGUAAAUGACCUGAUGAAAGAAUACUUCGAUGAUGUUGCUGGUGAAAUCAGAGUCACUUUGUAUUGUACUGAUAUGUUUAUGGAACAUUACAAUCUUGAAGAUUGUGACGACAUAUACAUACGACCGUUACAGGUUUACCCAAUUACAAGGGCAAUCUUCAUAGUAUCUGAUGCGAAAGCAUAUGAAUGGCUGCAACAGGAAACUUUCAGCAGCGGUCUCAUAAUGGAAAUUUGUAAACAUCCCAUUUUGGUUGUUCAGAAUGAUGUUCUUUUGGCACCUUACCCAACAAUAUUUCUUAAUGAUGCCAACUUUCAUUGUGAUUGGUUUCGCAAGAUGAAAGCAAUUGCCUGUGCUCCCUUUAUGAUUGGCUCAAUGUCUGUCAAAACAGAAAUUAUUGUGUGUUAUGAAGAGGAAGCAGAACGCCUGUCAUAUGAUCAUGGCCACCUGUCCACAUCUCAUCUAGACAAAUAUGUCACUGGUGGAUUGUAUGUCUCAGACUUCUGCAGAUCUCUUUCAGCAGAGGAAACAGACGGUGUCUUUCAUGAUGUUGAUAGAAUGACAUUUAAUGCUUGUGUAAUUCAGCAGGAGCGAAACUGGCAGAUGGUUUUGAGUUGCACAGAUGAUAUAGACUUGAACACUAUUAUUGGUAUUCCUGACAAGCUUAUGCGCCAGCAUGGUUUGGUUGAUGGAAGUCUGAUAAAAAUUUUACUUGUAGAUAAAAAUGUAGAGGUUCAGUCUCCCAGUGCAUCAGGUGAUGCAAACAAUAUGGCAAGCACCAACAGAGAGAAGUUUGUGCGGGUGAAGUGCCUGUCAAGGCAGUUGAGUAACACAGACAACGUAUUCAUUUCCUAUAUACUCCUUUUUAAUCUUCAGGAUGGACCACCAAUCAACAUGGCUCCAGUUAUUAAAGCUGAGAAAUCCAUACGCGCCAUAGAACCAGAUGUGAAUGGGGGGUAUUUGCCAUCUAGUAUGUCUAGAUCCUUGGUUGGCAACAUUCAGAUUGCAUCAGAAAUGCAGGUUGCCAUUGUCAAUUCACCCAGCUACAACCCCACAUGCAGGUACUUUGAAGCUCUAAAGAAGCAUUUCCAAACACCCAGAAUAUUGAAUGUGGGAGAUGUCUUUGCUGUGAGAAGCUCAGAUGAUCCUGAAUUUUGGCAAGAUGCCAAACUGGACACUGGUCUUCGUAAACCUGUCAUGUUCUUCAAGGUUGGGUAUAUGGCUCCUCGACAGCCAGCCAUGUAUCCAUACUACGUUUCCAAUGAGUUCACUAAUGUCUCUCAGGUAGGGUCAGUUCAUAGCUAUGUUCCAUUGGGUGCAGACAAAUACCUGUCACCCCACAACACAACCUAUGGUCAAGGCAUAACAUGUCAUGGACUAGACAAAUAUGUCCUAAAGCUUCAGUCACUUGUCCUGCCACACAUCCGGCAUCAAGUUGAUGGGAUACACAUGCUGGAAAUGCUCCCCUCUAUACUUUUGGCUGGGUCAGAGGGCAUUGGUAAGACCACCAUUGUGGAGACAGUGGCCCGCAGGCUUUAUAUACAAGUACAGCAGGUUAACUGUCAUGACCUGUGUGGAGACACAGCACAUUCAGUGGAAGCCAAGAUGAAGACAACUUUUCUCUCAGCUGCUAUAUAUGCUCCUUGUAUCCUACUUCUAAAGAACAUAGAUGUGAUUGGCAAAGAAGAUGGCACUACAGAAGAUCCUAGGGUGAUAAACAGCUUCUAUGAAAAUAUCACAGAGCUUGUCACACAGAUAAAGCAGUUCCCUGUGGUUGUUGUGGCAACAACACAUUCUCUCAGCAACCUUUCAGAGGAUAUGCACCAGUGCUUUCUCCAUGAGCUGCAUAUGGAGGCACCCACAGAGAUGGAAAGGGGGGAAAUAAUCCAUGGACUUUUGGAGAGUGAAAAUGUUUCAGCAGACGUUUCCAUCAGUCACAUUGCUCAGAGAACAGCAGGCUUUGUGCUGGGUGACCUCAUUGUCUUGAUACAGAUUACAAAAAGAGAGGCUUAUUCAAAAGCCCUGAAAAUUUGUCAAACAGGUACUCAGAGACUUAGCAUGGAAGAUGAAGAGGAUCUGGCCCUGGCAGGUGUGAUCUUAGAGCAGAGUGACUUUGAGCAAGCACUCAACGUUAUGCAGUCCACUCACUCAGAUGCCAUAGGUGCUCCAAAGAUCCCAAAUGUUCAAUGGAGUGAUGUAGGUGGCCUGAUAAGUGUCAAAAGAGACAUCUUAGAUACCAUACAACUGCCUCUGCAACAUCCAGAGCUUCUGGCUGCAGGACUCCGUCGCUCAGGUGUCUUACUUUAUGGCCCACCUGGAACUGGAAAGACUUUGCUUGCCAAGGCUGUUGCCACGGAGUGUUCUCUUAAUUUCCUCAGUGUGAAAGGACCAGAGCUGAUCAACAUGUAUGUUGGGCAGAGUGAGGCGAAUGUUCGUGAAGUUUUCAAGAGGGCACGCAGUGCUUCACCUUGUGUCAUCUUCUUUGAUGAGCUUGACUCACUGGCUCCCAACCGUGGGCGGAGUGGAGACUCUGGAGGUGUCAUGGAUAGAGUAGUGUCACAGCUGUUAGCAGAGUUAGAUGGCUUACACAAGUCUCAUGAUGUGUUUGUCAUUGGAGCAACCAACCGUCCUGACCUCCUAGACCCAGCUUUGCUCCGACCUGGCCGAUUUGACAAGCUGCUAUACCUUGGAGUAGCAGAGGAUCGAGAAUCGCAGAUCAAUAUUCUGGCAGCAGUCACCAGAAAGUUUAAAUUGGAAGAAGGACUUCAGCUGUCAAAAGUUGUAGAAAAGUGUCCUUGGAAUAUGACUGGUGCUGAUUUCUAUGCACUGUGUGCUGAUGCCAUGCUUAACGCUGUCAAAUAUAAGAUUGAGCAGCUUGAAAAAGGGGAAGAAGUGGAUCAGAGUAACAUUGCAGUGACAGAAAAAGACUUUGAUAUGGCACUUAAGACACUAGUGCCAUCUGUUUCAUCACAGGAGCUCGAACGUUACAAAGACAUUAAGAGCAAAUUUGCAUCAAUGUAAAAUUUACUCAAGGUCAAUAAUGCUACCUGUUUAUGAAUCAUGAACAAGAGUGCUAUGAUAAACAAGAUACAUAUUUUUGUGUGAAAGAUAACCAAAAAGUGUCAGGUGAGUAUGCUUGCAAUAUGCAUGUUCAAAUUGAUGUGAUAUCCUGUCUUUUCAUUUCAGCAUAAUUUCAGGGGUUAUUAAUGUAAUUGGUGCUGUUUUAAAAGCUGUGAGAUGUUUUACCCUCAAAUGUUUGCUUAGUUUUGUUUUUUCCCUAAGGUAUCACUGCAGUUCUGACAAUAACACGUUUUCUUUUCAUUUACUAAGCUGUAUGAAUGUGUCCUCCACGUUCUUUUUUGCACCCAAACAGCACUCCCACUGGUCUAGCCACAUCUAUGCCUUCAGUAAGGGCAGUAUAUACUUAUGCAGUUGCUUUUAGGCUGCAGACACACAUUGGUGAGGGUGCCAGCAUUAUCUUCUUGAACAUAUGAGCAUUCACUUUGAAGUCAGAGGACUUGCUGCUAUUCAAGAAAAUGGUAGGCAUCAUAAUAUGGAAGUGGGAUGCAUAUCAGUGUUCUCAAGCUUCUUUUUCUUUGUUAUUGUUUCUCUAUUAAUGGCUGCUUUCCUCUUGUUCCUUUACUUGGCAAGCUGAUUAACUGUCUCAUUCCUUGGUGAUAACACUUUAUUAGGUGUUGGUUCUAAAUAUAUUGUGUAGUUAAGAUUUGCAUCCGUGGUUAUUCUCUCAAUCUUUUUUCCAUUAUCUUUAGCAUUUCUUUGUAACAAUCAACUAGAAUGGCCAGAUACUCUUAGGGAUAUGCAGAUUGGUCUCAAGCAGCUUUGAGAAGCAUUUCAAAAUGUUCUUUUUACCUUAUAGCUAUUAAAAACAUUGAAGAAUAUAAAGUUCCUUUACCACCAUCACCCACUCACAGGCUUCAGUUUCCCCUGAAACUUUCAUUUCUUCAUAUAUAUAUAUUGUGUCAUAUUUUCUAAAAACCAAAUUUGUCAAUUGGUAGAAGUUUAAGAGACUGCAUGGUGUGUAACAAAUCACUGAAAGAGAUUGCGUGUGUGUGCAAUAAGAAAUACAUUAUAGCUUCUCAUGCCUUAAACACUGUUAGGGUCUUUACAAUGCGCAUAAUAAAAUAAAUCCUUUGUGAUCAAC